AUGACGCAGAACCGGCCGACUGGCUCCACUAUUCGUGGUGGCACCAGCGGUACAUGGACUAUGGAUAUGUUCCGCACCGGAGGCUCUAGCGGGGCUGCGACUUCAAUGGUGUUUGAGUCCUUGUGCUGCGAGAGCACUAAUGGCAUUGGUAAAAAGAUGUCGAGCUGUACAGGUUUCCUUCCAUUAUUGGUAGAGAAUGGGGGUGUGUCAGUGGCCUACGGUGAGGGGCAACCGUAUUUCCCAUCACCUAUGGAGGCGUUCCUGCUCCCAGAGGUGGUGGGAAAUGACAAGGAUGGUCUUUCGGAUAUUGAGUACCUGUUUGCCAAUAAUAAUUUUAUGAUUCAUGACGAGGCAGUGCCACCACUGCAACGUGUCUCCAGUUCAAUGAAAAGAGACUACUGCUGGGGCACCAGGAAGCGGUCAUCAAUGAUCCUUGCGUCAAAUAGGGCCGCAUCUCCAGACAGGGAGAUGAUAGGUAGCGAUGUCUGGCCCUCACACAAAGCGGUGCCAUCCAAACUGACUCUUGAGUAUCGUGUUUCGGUGCUUCCUUCAAGAGUCGGGUCGAUGUUUGACAUGUCAGGUUUGGUGUCACCAACGCUCAGCUAUAUGACGCCUUUUCCCAGCAAGACUAAGAGAGAGCCGCAGAUUUGUAAGCGCGCGCCCUCUGUGCGUCUGCCCGACACAAAUAACAAUAUAAAUCAAGUGGAGGAAAACGGUCGGAAAUCGUCACGUGCGGCGAUGGAUAAUGCAGAAAUGGGCAAGAAUGUCACACUGAACGAGGUGGCGGAAUCAUUCACAAUCGGGUGGAACGUCGUCAUGCUGUUCUUGCACCCGGAAUCUUCUGUCGAGACACUCGCUAAGGGCGAUGCACACGAUAUGUGGCCGCCGAUGGAGGAGUUCAUUACGGCUGUUUUUAAAGAGUUAAAUUCUGACAGUGAUGAGUCUGCCAUAUUCUCCAUGCAGAUGUCCAUUAGUGUCCUUAAGCACGAUCAGAUGAAAGACUUACUCUCAGCGAAAGUGGUCGAAAGUGGGGAAUCCCCAUUUUACGCAAAGGCCGAUAUCGAGGAAUCACCUCUCUAUGGCCCUUACCUUAUGAAUGCCACGUAUCGUGAGGUACCAACAUUGAAGAACGUGCAAGAGGCGGUGAGUGAGGCCGUCUUGAAUAUGACAACAGAUGACCGCCGCUGCGGCGUAAUGUUGAUAUCUGCCAACCUGCGGCGAUUAUCGCAGGAAUUCAAUGAUGUAACCGUUUCCUCCAUGCUUGGGGUCAUCGCCACACCAGAGACAAUUCACAUGGUGGUUCGGAAACGACAGCCACCGAUUACUGCCUCCCUUUUCCGGACAACGCUACGAAGUCCGCGUCUGGCAACAUCGUUGGUGAUGCCAUUGACUAUCAAUGGCUUAGAUGUGUCGGCGGAUGAGGUGUGGCGUAUUAAGGAGGUGCGACAAGUGCUGCGGACAAGAGCGAUGAAUCCAUCAAGUGGCGACGACACGGCGAGCGUGCGCUCAUUCCUUAACCUUGGCAUGAAACGCUGGAAGUUGAUGUCAGACCAGGAGGAUGCCACGGAAGAGAAGCGGGGAUCCAUGGAUCCACCCUCGGCGAACACAGCACGACAAGAAGUUUUUCAGCGAAUGCAAGCCUUUGCAAAGAACAUUGCGCUUGCAUUGCGUGCUCCUAUUAGCGAAUUCCCUGGAAUUCUGCUGGAUGAGAAUGCCUCCAUGAGGGGAAGUAGUGAUGAUAAUAGAGGUGCUGCUCCAGUACACUCAAUACGACGGAAACACGCCAAGAAGAAGUUGAAGUAUUGCAACAACACGAUGAAAAAGGUGGUGGCGAGCCAGUGGGUCCCUAAGAAAAUUUCUCUCAACCUUUUCGCAGGGCCGCUAGCAGCACCAGUAGGCGGCAUCCAGCCGCUCUUUGGUGAGGUAGCACUAGUAAAGGGAACACGCCUUGGUGAGGCGGAUUCACUCGAAGACCGUGUGUAUUCCCUUAUUUGGCUGGAAAAUAACCCGGAAGCGAAGCGUGAUGUGUGGUGUAGCACUGAAGCAGACUGCUUGGUAGUGAAAAGAGAAAAGGGCGUACCACUCAAGAUAAUCCCUGAUGAACUGUCCAUUUACGGACAAGCUGAUAAGGCCAGUGGCGAGGCGUCUCAGGCUGUAUUUUUUCCGAAUCUGCUGAAACGUGCUUACAGCAUGUUUACAGAUGGGUACAACACCGCUGUUCUGCUGAUGCGCGAGGGCAGAGCACACGGUCAUAAUGUCUUUGCAUCUCCUGUGUGGAGCACGCUGCGGAAAUUUGUGGCGUCGCAUUUGGCGUCACAGUUAGCCGGUCAGCAGCUCUACCUCUCCGUGACGCAGGUGCUCUCGCGGGACUGUGUGAGGGACUACCUUGUCUCCAGCAGUGAAAGUGAGGACAAGUUUGCCACACUGCCGUUCCGUGUGGCAUGGACGCCAGCUGGGCCAGUUGUUCGCGGGGCGCAUUAUGUUCUUUUGUCUUCACUGACGCAGUUUGCGCGGAUUCUCCGUGAUUUGUGCGGGAAUGUAAAUGCGCCCACGGAAGCACGGGUCAGGGGUGCUGAUCUUAUUUUCUCAUUUCUGCUGAAGCAAGUGUCAUUGUCUGGCUCCUCGGGAUCCAAACGCUUGGGUGGCACUGAACCCCCUAACGAUGCAUUGUUGUCUUCGUUAACAAUCACCAUUGUGACGCGCCCAGCGGCGUACAAGUCGCUUUGGAUUGGGGAAUAUGUGUCGCUGGAUCACAGUAAAAACUUGUAUCUCAGUUCGCAUCGGCACUUUACACUCUGUGUGGCAGACGUGAGCUCCACCUCUCCCACCGCGAUACCAUUUCUCGACACACUGGAUCUCAUCAAGCAUUCGUACACACCCCAUGCACAUGGAAUGUGGACCAUGCGUCGGAUGCAGAAGUAUCUCUCAGAGAAGUGCAAUCUCUACACGCGAGAGCUUCUCACACGAAGAGAAAACAAAAGCGCACCCCUCUCAAAAGAGGAACAGAAGAGUAUCUUUUCUAAUGCAAAAGUGGUGACAUCGCAGAGCAUUGUGGAGGCAUGGAAUUUGGCGGAACGGUUGCGUAGCGCUGUUAUGCAUAUACUCGAUGCUCCCUUCUCCGCCCACCCCAUGGCAGUGAAUGGUGAAGCGAUGUACGAUAUUACAGCUCCACCAUCGUGCUUCCGCCAGCCGUUCAAUAGUGGGGUAUCCGUGUCUGGUAGCAAUAGCAUUGGUAGGCACUUUGCGCAGGUAGAAAAUGCUGGCAGCACCCCAAAAGUUAACAGCGAAGAACAACCCAUGUGCACACACACCAUAGUUUCUCCUAGAAGACUGAUUCUCUCCAAGGUGGAACAUGCGCCAGAGCUUCCGUCGGUACUACUUGGUUCAGCAGCGAAGGUGCGACAUUUCUCUCUGAAUAAUGCAGGGGGUGGGGAAUACAAUGUUUUGCCAAAUCAACUCGUGUUGAGUUCGUCCACACAACAGUUAAGUGAGAAGAAAAUAACAAAUAAUAAUGCCGGAUCUUAUUUGCUCAUUCCGAGAGAUAGCACGGUUUGUGCGCAAACGUCUGUUUCAAAACGUCUGGAUAUGAUUGUUGGGCGUGUGCAUGCUGUCUUUGAUAAACAAUCGCUCGAUAAAGCUCUAAAAGUGGAGCCCAUUCAAUCCAUGGCCGCUGUCAUUCUCGAUGCCGCCACGAGUACCAAGACGGUGCAGCUGGUUAAACGAAGCAUUCGUGCUAAGGGCACUGAGGCAACCUUUGCUGUUGUAGACAAGGUGAGACGCAAUAUUACUUCCUUGUUUGAUAUGCGCGGAGUCUCAGGUGUACUGAAAGAUCUCGUCAAAAAUUUUGUGAAGGGUUAUAAUGCGACCCUCCUCACUGCAGAGCCCUUCUCCAAAACGGAGUCCAUGACACUGCCGAUACUUCUAGAUAUUGUUCGUCUGGCGCUGGAAAGCAAAAAGUCUGACACGUACAUCAGUUUUUCCCUUGUGUUUCUUCUUCGCGGCAACGUCGUUUAUGAUCUGCUUUCUCCACAAAGCAGUCCCACACCAGCGAAACUGGCUGUCAAGUACAGCACGUUGAUGGGGCCGCUCAUUACAGAUGGUGUGGCUUGGCAUGAUGUUCAAUACGUGCGCGAGAUGGACACACUCUCCAAGCGAGCCAGGGAUGCCAUGUGCAGUUUUUCCAACGAGUUGGAAAAAUCAGAGGGUCGGAUGAACACCUUCACAAUGCUGAGUGUCGUCGCAAGAAGUGUGGAAUCACGUGAUCUGGUGUUCUCUUCGUUUAAUGGUUUCUCCGUUAGAGGCGAUGUGCAGCUUUACCAGUGUCUUGCACCACUACAAUACAGAGCUUCGAUGACCCCUGCGGAAUCUCUGCUUCGCUUCGCUGUGAGAGAGCGACCGGGUUUUGCAAAGUCUUUAUUCCUGUACGAGGAGGCUAUGGAGGAGGAGGACGCAAGCCACUUCUUACAGGUACAAAAGAAACUGAGCACAUGCACUUGCACCACGCCCCAAAUAGGAAGUUUGGCUUCAAUGGGUAGGCGUGAACGUGCCGCCACCACAAAGACAACAAGAUGGAAGAGACUUUUGGGGCUUGCAUCACCAGAUGCUGAUGAGAAGCCGGACAAAGAGAGCAAAACAAAGCAGCUGGAAUUCUUUGACGCCAUUCUUGCCGAUACCCGAAAAACAAUUUUCUUGGCGAGCGACCUAGAGCUACCUACACCGUCAUCACCGCAACAUAACAAAAAGGUUGGAGAGGCAAAAACGGUACCCCCGCGUGGGGCGCCGCGCAAACAAUCCUAG